AUGUCAUUAAGGCUCAACCCAGCAACACCACAACUAGACGAGAAGCCUCAAUCGUCAAAGCCGAACCCCUUUCCAGACCGUACCCCUCGAGGGCAGUUACACUGCCAAUUUCCCAAGAUGGCGCACUUCGCCGAUGGUAACUUUCCAUCUUCGCCUGCGCCUCAUGGUCAAUACAUUCCCGGCCCCGAGGUCUCCUUAGGAUCUUCUCGACUCAAUAAUCCAGCCAGCCAGCCUGGUGAGUUCUUGAUGCCGCUUGGUCGGGAGGUUCCAACUGGGAGCUACAUCCCCGGCCCUCACGGUCUCUUCAGCCUGGCCGAUGAGACCUUCUUGCCGCUAGAUCAGGAUAAUCACACCGUCCUGCCUCGUACUGUCCCAUAUGCAGUCCCGAGCACGCCCACUGGGGUGAUCCAGCACAUGGUUCCGGCUCUGACGUACGUCCGGCUUUACACCAUUCUCAAUACUGCAAAGCCCGAAUUCGUGACCGCCCAUGGAUUGCUUUAUCCAAAGCUUACGCAGGCCUUGCGUUCAAACCUACGCGAUGGGUUAUUCGAUUGCUCUCAGGGCCAAGGCUCCCCACAAGAGGUUCUCCAAGAGCGUAUCAACAUCGAGCGCGAUAUAGUCAAUCGUUGGAACCAGGUCAACGGCGGGAAGGCAAAUGUGGGCACUGAUGAGCUGUUCCUCUUCCCUUGUAGGCGCGCUGCAGUCGAAGCUGGUGUCCUAUUCCAACAGCCGCCACCUUUGCAGCCCGUCUCCGUCGUUCCCCAGCAGACCGAAGAGGCUCAUGUGCUGUCCCAGCAGCAAUUGGCUUGGCAACCACUUCGUAUCGCAUCCGCACUGUCGUACACGGCCGAGGGCAAUCCGGUGUUAUUCCAAUGGGAUACUUUCCUGGGAGAUCACGGCGUUCGCACUAUUGGUAUACAGCCUUCCAUGAAGGGCAAUGAGAUUACGUCGCAGGCCCAACCAGUGCAAGCACGGUCAGCUAUUACGCCAAAGAAGCGUGCAGGGGACUUUUCCGAAUCUUCACCAACAUCACUAAAGAAGCGCGCGAAGAAGUCACCCAAGGCGUCUGCUACAACCCCGACAGAGUAUGCGCAGAAUCAACCGGUGCAGGAGUCGUCCGAUACCACGCCAAACAACCGCGCGAAUGUUUCGCCUGCGCCGUCCGCUAAAUCUCCAAAGAAGGCCCCUCGUGUGAAGGGUUCCUAUUCUCCGACAUUCGAUCUUCUUCGCAGCGCGCCCAGCUGUAACCUCCCCUUCCCAGAAGUCAGCGAUCGACCAGCCAACGUCACUGUUGUCGAAUUGCUCGUUUUCAUGCCGCAGUGGCUGAAGAGCGUCCAUGUGAUCGAGCGUCUCAUUUCAAACGGCGGUAGUUGCAAGCUGAUCAUGAAGAUCGUGAACGCCCAUCGAAACACAGCAGUUCCCACUUAUCAUAACUACUGGUUGCACAUUGUCCAGCAUCACAUGCGCGCCCGCGGCGAUCAGACUGCCAACGGCGGCCAGGACUACCGCGAGUGGCGCGUUAGGGACCACAUUCCUCUCCCGAACCAUGACCCUGGAUCGAUCGACAUUGCGGGCUUCCGUACGUACCUCCAGAUCGAAGGCCCAAAGCACAUGAUGAAUCGCGACAAGAAUACCGACGCUAUCCCCUUCCGCGACCUCGCCAAGGAUCUCAAGCAGUGGCCUUCUGAAUACGACGCGCUGAACCUGACUCGCUGCGUUCAGUAA